GCUUCCAACAUUCGCUUGACAGUAACUUAGCAUCAGCUAACAGUUGGUAGCUAAGGGAUAAUCACCGUUAGAUUUAAAGUAAAUGCGUCAAAAUCACGAAAGGUUCAUUUUCUCUAAAUGUAUUGGUACAUCAGAAACUCAGAAUGCAAUCUUUGAGCACUUUUUGAAAGACAUGCCAUUAUACAAAAAAAAUAAAAGGUAAUGAAAUAAAAAUGCCAGAUGAAUACUUCUGAAGCUAGCCGGCUAUGCUAAGCUAAAGUAAGCUAAGCUAAGAUAAGCAUCCAUAAGGAAGAAGUGUUGUCAGUCGGCGGAGCUUCAGACUCUCGCACUAAGCUGAUCAGCGAGACGUUAGUGUUAGACCUGUGAGAAGCCUGUGGGAAAUGGCUAAAAUUCAUAUUCAAGGGAACGGAUUUCAGGCAAAAGAUGGGAAAAAUCUACGGGGCACGACGGAGAGUUUAGCCGGACAGGAAGGCGAAUCUUUGGGCUCUGAGCCGAACGGCGUCGCCGAAACCCAAGCGGAUAAAUACGGCUUCAUCGGCGGAUCUCAGCAGAGUUCCGUGGAUCCAGCCGAGGACAUCCCUCCCGAGGUACUGAGGCAGAGAGAGGCUAAAUGGUUGGAGAUGCUGAACAGCUGGGAUAAGUGGAUGAGCAAGAAACACAAGAAGGUGAAGCUGCGGUGUCAGAAAGGCAUUCCUCCGUCGCUGAGGGGUCGUGCCUGGCUCUAUCUGUCCGGAGGAAAAGUGAAGAGAGAGCAGAAUGUGGGCAAGUUCCAGGAAUUGGACAGUGACUGUGGAGACCCAAAAUGGGUGGAUGUGAUCGAGAAGGAUCUCCAUCGUCAGUUUCCCUUUCAUGAGAUGUUCUCUGCACGAGGAGGACACGGGCAGCAGGACCUGUUCCGAGUGUUGAAGGCUUACACACUUUACCGGCCAGAGGAGGGUUACUGCCAGGCUCAGGCUCCCAUUGCUGCUGUGCUGCUCAUGCAUAUGCCUGCUGAGGAUGCAUUUUGGAGUCUGGUGCAAAUCUGUGAGAAAUAUCUGCCUGGCUACUACAGUGCAGGCCUGGAGGCAAUCCAGCUGGACGGAGAGAUCCUGUUCUCUUUACUGAAGCGUGUGUCUCCUGUGUCUCAUCGGCACCUGAAGAAGCACAAAAUCGACCCUGUGCUCUACAUGACCGAGUGGUUUAUGUGCGCAUUCUCUCGCACGCUGCCGUGGGCGUCAGUGCUGCGCGUUUGGGACAUUUUCUUCUGCGAAGGAGUCAAAGUCAUUUUUCGUGUGGGCCUGGUGCUUCUGAAAUGCAUGCUGGGAUCUCAAGAGAAGCUAAAAAGGUGUCCGGGUCAGUACGAGACGAUGGAGAGGCUUCGCAAAGUAGAGCCACGCUACAUGCAGGAGGGCUUCCUCAUUAAAGAGAUUCUGGAAUUGCCGCUGUCUGAGCGAGACAUCGAGAAGGAGCAUCUCGCACAACUGCGACACUGGAAGGAAACGCACGGAGAACUGCACUGCAAAUCCCCUCCCAGAAUGCACGGCGCUCGCGCCAUCAUGGCCGCCGAGCCUCCCAGCCGACAGGACCUGCAGCAGAGACCCACCAUUUUGGUGGAGCCGGCGGAGAUCAACGGCUCUGAAGACAAGGAGAAAAAGAAAAGCAAAGCAGAUAAAAAGAAGAGCAAGAAAGACACUUCGCUCGACACAACCGAUCAUGACCAGGCACCGCAGGACCAGGCUUUACAAAGUCAAUCACAGGCGCUGCUAAAGGACACGAGUCUUCAGGCGUCUAAUCUGAGUCUGAGCAGCAUAGAACACGACACGUACCUGUAGAGUGCCUCAUGACCGUCAUGCUGACCUGUGAAUAUUUACUAACUGCAUCUGAACACUUCUGGUCCACAUGACCCUCUCUCAGGUUUCUACAUCUGGUGUGAUUACACUUCAGUCCCACAAUGCAUUGGGGGCCUGCGCUGGGAUUGCGUUUUCUUGUACAUCACAUCCAUGUGCUUCAUGAAGGAAGUAAUUCAUUUGGGAGUUUUUUAAUGGUCUGUUUUUAUUCCUAAGCACCAAGAAUGUGUGAAAGCCACAUUACUUACCGUAUUUUCCAGAUUAUUAAGCACAACCUUAAUCGUCGUUUUAAUUAUUAUCGUCGUUUUAAUUAGUAGUCGUGAGAUGUCGGGACCAAGCCGGUACACUACCGUAAUUAUCGCUAAGAUUAUAGUUGUGUUAGCAACAGACAGCAGUGACACAGCAGAUCUUAAACAGAUACACAAAACCUAUUAAUAAUGACCAGAUACAGCAACACUAAAGAAAAAUGAACUGAAAUACACCAGCAGAACAAACCAAAGCUUCACUUCAGAGGCAAACACGCAGAUGGGACAACAGACAAACAAACAAAAGGGAGAGUGACUUAGAGUCUGGAAAAUGCACUGCCUUUGUUAAAGACAUGCACAAGGACUCAAACAUCAUCACUGUGUGAUGGAAACAUAAAAGGGCUGAAAUUUUGCUUGUCGUAAAUGAUGCUAACGUACCAGCGGGGCCAUUGUGGCACUUCAGUGUGCAGAAGCUACUUUUCAGUAUAACAGAAAGUGACAGUGGCUGGAUAAGAAACAAACAAAUCUGACGUGUUCAUGUUAGGCAUCUGACGUGUUCAUGUUAGGCAUGUGGCGGUUUAUAGACCAUAAGAUUUAAGAUUAUCGAUGAUUGUCUAAAAAAACAUUGCAUUUGGGAGGCAAUUAGAUAGAUGUUUUUUUUAUUGUUUAAUUGGGAAUCUGUUUUCCUUAUUUUGUCAUUUUGUAUGAGUACAUUCCCAUAACACAGAAGACACAAAUCUUGGGACCAUUUCUUGAUAUCUGUAUUACUCAAGGAAUCAUUCAUUCCAGAACAUGUUUUUUUUUUUGGAAAACAAUCGAGUUCAUUAUUUUCCUAGAACAUAUAACACCAUGUCCUGGAUUGACUGAUAUCAACGUCAUACUUUUUAUCCACUUAUAGUUAAUUUUAUUGUUGUAUAGAUGAGAAAACACAAACUCGGCACCUGACUAAUUUUGGUUAAAGUGCCUAAAGACAUCAGCACAAGCAGCAUCACCAAAGGCUUUAGUGGUGCACUUUCUUGGUUUGACCACUAGGGGGUGCAGCAUGACCUCCGGAUCGUAAACAAAACUUUUCCUUUUAACUUUUUUUGUAUUUUAUUUUAAGAUUUUUUUUUGUUUGUUAUGAGAAAGGAAGUAAACAUGGCUGCUCUCAUUUAUAGUCAGUAUAGUUUUAAAUUAUUACAGACAUUUUGACACAAAAAGGAAACAAUCUUGUGUGUGAAUUGUCAAGUUCAAUACAUCAUGAUCCAGCGUCAUAAGCUGAUAUUGGCCUAAUGUCUAACACAAAUCAGUGUGUCCUUAAAUACCCCAGAAAAGACUAUGGAUGCACUGAUUUGGUGUCAGUAUCAGUCCAUUAUUCAGCCUUUUUUUCUGUUUUUUUUUUUUUUUUUUUUGCAAAUCAAUUAUCUCAGUGAAGAGAUAGAAUAAUGGUGCUGAAGUCUCUCUCUCUCUCUCUCUCACACACACACACACACACACACACACACACACACACACACACCUCUACCUUUAAAACAACUUCUGCACUUAUUUAAUUUUGUAAAAGGAAACGCUUUAGAAUAGGAUCAGGCCUGUCUUAUAAAAAAGAGGGACAAAAACAGACAGACUGAUUGUGAAUGAGACAAGUGAAGCGCUCUAUUCAUGAUGACGUUAACAGACUCGUGCCACUUCUGUGAGCUACUUCUGCUUUGGCUGAUGGCUGUCAGGAUGUUGCUGGAAAUUUACUCCAAAUGCAUUUAUUUUCUUAUGACAGCAUUUCAGAAUGCAUGCACUUCCAUGUUAACCAACACUGUGAGUAUGUUUCACAAAAAAAACCUUAAAAUCACACAUGAGUAGAACGUAUAUAAACACACAUAUGCUGUCCUUUUAUUGCAGUGUCUAGCGUCACACAGGCUCGAAGCUUUUGUGUCACGUCUGACGUGAAUUCUAGAUGGUCGUGUGCCGGUUUUCAUUUUCAUUCCGGUGCAUUUAAUGAAUUCAUCGUGAUAUGAUUUAUUUGAUCUCAAACAUAAAAACAUAAGUGUGUCAAUGAUUACCCAGAAGCAUGAAACAGCCAAUAUAAUGCAUACUAAUAACUGAAAGAAUAAAACACUUCAGGAUGUGACAUCUUACAAGAACACAACCGACCUAAUUUGAUUGUUUUCUUGUAACAGCCUGAAGUGUUUUAUUCCUCUAGUACCACAGGAAUAAUUUGCCAACUACUGCAUUUUAAAUUAUUAAAGCCCAACACCUAGCGAUCGUCUCUUUAUCGUUACGUUUAAUGGUGUGGAACAUCCCUAUAAUAAAUGAGUUCCUGUUUUCCCUUAGAAUACAGCAGCUGUAAACAGAUGUUCCGGCAUCAGAGUUGUUUUCUCUUAUUUUUUCCCUUGAAGAGAGUUUAAGGGGGGAAAAAAGCAGCUUGUUACAGAAAAUCUGAAAUCUCACCGUUCUUGAAGACUUUCUCGAGGUGGACAACUCAAAGUACUAAUACUGAAGACUCCUUCCAAGAAUACUGAAUAGUUAUCAUCACCAUAUCAACAAUUUAUGAAGUAAAUCCCUGUGAAUUAAUUGUUGUUAUAGAAACAAAUAGAAAUAUUAUAUAACCAGUGCGUUAAUAUAAACUUUAUUGCUGUCAUUUCUGUCAGAGCUGAAAAAAAAAUUUAUCCAUCUCUUCUGACCAAUCAGAUAUAAGAAUUCAAGCACCAUGGUAUAAUUGAUAUAUCUGAUUAUCGGCACACACCCGGUCCGGAAAUAACGUGUUUAGACAGAAUGCUGCAAUUUAAAUAUUAAGCUAUGAGAGAAAACCGUUUCCACGUAAACAUGUCACUUAUUUCCCUGAAAACACUUCCCGAUUAAAGACCAACAAACACCAUUAAUAAUAAGAACCUGAAAUGAGAGCCGCUUUAAAGCUGGAGAUGUUAUCAGGCUUUGAUUUCAUUGUAAACAUGAUUUUGGGAAAUCUUUCAUUUGUGGGUUGAGACAUUCCUGGGAGAAGUUUACAAAACAAUGAUAAUCCUGAAAUGUGCUGAGAAUGAGCAGGAAGUGUGUGUAUGUGUAUGUGCGUGUGUGUUCCUCAUCAUUUUUAUAGUGUAGUGUUAACGGGAAAGCAGCUGUUGUAUUAUGCUCUGUGUGUGUGUGUGUGUGUGUGUGUGUGUGUGUGUGUGUGUGUGUGUGUGUGUGUGUGGGAGAUUGGAGAAAUGUUAUGGUUUGCACUUUUUGCAAUUCUUCUACCGUUUAUGGAUAAACGGAACAUAUUUUCAAGUAAAGGCUAUUUUCCGUAUUGUUCUACUGUACAGCAUGACCAUAUUUGGACGCUAUAGAUUUCUACAUUGGGAACAGAAAUGCACUUUGUCCAUCUUUUGAAUUUCUGAUGAAUGAAGAGAUGCUUUUAAUCCUACAGGUUUUCUGUCUUCUUUUGUUUGAACUUCUUGUGUUUGGGGACAAACUGUCUGUAUUGAUCCUUGCCGUCGUGUCCACACGACGUGUAGCUACACUCAUCGACCGAUUCUGUCAGCUACAUCAGUACAAUAGCUGUCAUUUUUACUCCGUGUAGUCCAUUAGUUGUCUGUUGAAACUCCAUCUACCUGUACAUUACUGGGGCAGGACCGGAUAUUAUUUAUAUAAGAACCGACACUAAUGAGGGCUUGAGGAUGAUGAACACACACACACACACACACACACAUGCACACACACACACCAACCGAUGUGCACCAACAACAUGGCUGUAAUAAAAUGUCCAUGAAUGAAUUUUUACUUCUUUUCACAUCCUUAAAUCGUGCUGUUUUAUUUUAUGCUGCUUAGAGCCAACGCGCGCCAGGCUUUUGCGUCGUUACGGAAUCAGGCAGGAAAGAAAGAGAGAUUGAGUGAGGGAUGGCAGAGGUGAAAGAGUGUUCUGUGUGGAUCGUCCUCCCCUGGACACCUGGUCCUCUCACAGUCUUUAGGCUCCAUGUCAGGAUUUGCAUCUGAAUGGUGCUGGCAUUCUCACUCUCCCUGUCUCUCUCUUUGUUUUCUAUCUCUCUCCUUUCCCAGCAUUUCACUGCAUCCUUUAGCGGAUGUCUCUCUUUCGCUCACACACACACACACACACACACACACACACGAGAUUCUAAAUUUUAUGUGCAUGCAGCAAGCAGCAUGCUAAUAGUCUCAACAGCUCAUACAAACCGUGUCAUUAUUAAUACAUCAGUCGCAAAAUAAAGGGAUGGAUGGAUACCGA